AUGGCGAUCAUGAUUUUUGACACGAUGACGUACAAGAGCAUCUUAAAUUCCAUCGAAACUAUAUCCUUCACCAUGAGGGAGAAGGUAAGAAGAAUUAUCCAUGUCUUUUUUCCGUAGAGAGUUUACAGGACCUUGUUUGCUUUUCUAUCUGUCGCCAUGUCACUGAUCUUUAUUAAAGCCUGGUUUCCAUAUGAUCUUCCGGAUCGUCCCGAUCAUCCCAGUCAUCUCAAAAAAUGUUCAGACGAUCGGGACGAUCAUAUGGAACAAGGCACGAGAUCAGUUUCCAUCCAUUUGGCUGCCUUUGUACCGAGAAUGCGAAACAGCUUGUUAAAAAGACAAUUGAACUGA